AUGAAGGAUGAUCAUGCCAACAAAAUGGUCAAUCGGGCUCUUUCUUUCUUUCUCUCGACCUCGCUUCUCUUCUCUCCCAUCAGUAUCUUGACCGCAUCGGCGGAUGUUGCACCCAACCCUUAUGCCCCUAAGGGAACCCUGGAAGCCGAGCCGGGGAAAGUCAGAGUCGACGAGGCAGCUCCUAAGAAGAGCAGCGCCUUGGAGAACUUUGACGUGAAGGACUUGAAGAUUCCAGAGUUCAAAGCUCCUGACCUCAAGAUUCCUUCCAAGGUGUCAGACCUGCAAAUCCCUGAUAGCUUCAAGUCCUUCAAGGCCCCGGAUCUGAAGAUGCCCGACAGCAUCAAGAACUUCAAGAUGCCUGACGUCAAAGACAUCUCUGAAAGCAUUCAGGAGAAGAAAGAUCAAGUUCUGCGUGCUCCAGCUCAGAAUGAUGCUCCUGUUGAAAGGAAAGCGACAGGGGAUGAGAAGCCAGUAGCCAAGAAGUCUCCUCCAAGCAAGCCCGCAGACACGGCCGAACCUGCUCCUGUUGCGAAGCCCAAGCCAGCACCUAAGCCAGUCGUGCCUGCCGAGCAGCCAGCUGCCCCCCAGCUAAAGGCAACGUCAAGCACCGAUGCUUCAAUUGAGGAAAAGAGAGCAGCAGCUGACAAGGCUGCCAAAGAGCGAGCAGCGAAGCGAGCAGCCGAAGAGAAGGUGAAGGCGGAGAAGAUGGCGGCAGAGCAAAAGCUGAAGAGCGAGCAGAAGGACAAGCAGGCUCAGCUUGAUGCCACGGCCAAAGAAAAAUUCCAAGCUCUUAAUAAAGCAAAGGCCCAGCUGAAGCAAGUGGAGAAGGAGCUCGCUGCUCAGAAGGCCAAGACCGCGGAGCUUCAGAAGAUCGCCAAGCAAGCCAAGGAUGAAGCUUGCGAACUUCGACCCGGCGGAAAGAUUUUGUGCAUUCGUGGCUUCGAUGCCGGUUAUUAG